CCCACAGACGACAUGGCUGAUGCGACGCAGAGUCCCGGAGCUGAGGAGGAUUUUAUGGAAAACCAGGAGCUUUCAGGAGCGGGGGGAGACAGCGGGACACCGGGAGCUGCUGCCCGGGACAAACCCGUGUGUCUGAUCGUGCUGGGCAUGGCGGGGUCCGGGAAAACCACCUUCGUUCAGAGGCUGACGGCUCACCUUCACUCAGUUAAAACUCCUCCGUAUGUCAUCAACCUGGACCCUGCCGUCCACGAAGUCCCCUUCCCCGCAAACAUCGACAUCAGGGACACUGUGAACUACAAGGAGGUGAUGAAGCAGUACGGCCUCGGGCCAAACGGAGGCAUCGUGACGUCACUCAACCUGUUCGCUACACGCUUCGAUCAGGUGAUGCAGUUCAUAGAGAAGAAGCAGCAGAGUCACAGGUACGUGCUGAUUGACACUCCGGGUCAGAUUGAAGUCUUCACCUGGUCGGCGUCUGGAACCAUCAUCACGGAGGCUCUGGCGUCGUCCUUCCCCUGCGUCGUCAUCUAUGUGAUGGACACGUCCCGCAGCGUCAGCCCCGUCACGUUCAUGUCCAACAUGCUGUACGCCUGCAGUAUUCUCUACAAGACCAAGCUGCCCUUCAUCGUCGUCAUGAACAAGACUGACAUUAUCGACCACAGUUUCGCAGUGGAGUGGAUGCAGGACUUCGAGGUUUUCCAGGAUGCUCUCAACCAGGAAACCUCGUACGUGAGCAACCUGACGCGCUCCAUGAGUCUGGUGCUGGACGAGUUCUACACCAACCUGAGGGUGGUGGGCGUGUCGGCCGUGACGGGAAGCGGAUUGGACAAGCUGUUCGCUCAGGUGGAGGGUGCCGCGGAGGAGUACGAGAGGGACUAUCGACCCGAAUAUGAACGACUCCGCAAACAGCUGGCGGAGGCUCAGAGCGAGAAGCAGCAGCAGCAGCUGGAGCGGCUCAGGAAGGACCUGGGGGCCGUGGAAAUGACCAACACGCAGGCUGCAGAGGAAGCUGACAUAGCCGGGCCCAGUGACUUCAUCAUGACCCGCGGUAACCCUGACGAUGAGGAGGAGGAGGCGGAGGACAGCGACACGGACGACAUCGACCACAGCGCCACGGAGGAAAGCAAAGAGGCCGACGCCUUCGGAAACUUCCUGAUUGAGAGGAAGGAAGUGGUUCAGGUCCGAAACAAAAAGUGUGCGACGCCUGAGGGCCCCUGACCUCUGACCUCUGCUGUCUGACACCUCCCUCUGCCAGGAAGAGAAAAAAGACAGACACAGACUGAAGGUGAAGAGAGGCUCCCCUCUGCGGGACAGGCUAUCACCUGGAACAGGUUCAGUAGAUUCUUCCAUCACUGAUGUUUUUCCUGCACUGUUGAGCUGAACUCCCCGUCUGAUCAGCUGACCUCUGACCCUGUGACCUGGCUCUAUCAUUAGAGCUGAUUGGCUGCUCCGCAGUGUCGCUCCUUCCAUAAAAAGUGAAGGUUAUAUUUUUGUAUCAGAAAACUUCUAUUCUACUUGUUUUUCAUUACUGUUGUUUGUUUGUGAAAGAAUUUACGAUGAUUAUGAAGAAUAAAAGUGUUUCAG